AUGUCUACUCCCUUUGGCGUUGAUUUAGGUAACAAUAAUACCGUUAUUGCAUGUGCAAGAAAUCGAGGAAUCGACAUUAUUGUCAAUGAGGUCUCCAACAGAUCUACUCCCUCCUUAGUUGGCUUUGGCCCCAGAUCGAGAUACUUGGGGGAGUCAGCCAAGAACCAGCAGACUUCAAACAUCAAAAACACCGUGGAGAACUUGAAGAGAAUCGUGGGCUUGCCACAUAAUCACCCCGAUUUCAAGAUCGAGGAGAAAUUUUUCACAGUGCCCUUGGUGAAUCACAAAGCAGACCACGGCAUUGCGGCCAAAGUCAAGUAUUUGGGCCAGAACAAGGAGUUUACCGCGACGCAGUUGUUGGCUAUGUACUUGGACAAGAUCAAGGACACCGCGUUGAAGGAAACCAAGGGCAAUAUUACUGAUAUCUGUUUAUCGGUGCCAGGGUGGUAUACCGAAAAGCAGCGUCGUGCUGCUGCCGACGCCUGUAGAAUCGCGGGAUUGAACCCCGUUAGAAUUGUGAAUGAAAUGACCGCGGCUGCUGUCGGGUAUGGUGUUUUCAAAGCUGCCGAUUUACCCGAAGACGAAUACAAGAAAGUGGCCUUUGUUGACGUUGGCCACAGUUCUUAUCAAGUCUCGAUUGCUGCUAUCAAGAGAGGCGAAUUGAAGAUUCUUGGUGCUGCUUUCGACAAGCAUUUUGGUGGCAGAAACUUUGACUAUGCCAUUGCCGAGCAUUUUGCUAAUGAGUUCAAGACUAGAUACAAGAUCGAUGUUAGAGAAAACCCCAAGGCAUACUACAGAGUCUUGACCGCUGCUGAGAAGUUGAAAAAAGUGUUGAGUGCCAACACUCAAGCGCCUUUCAACAUUGAAAGUGUUAUGAAUGACGUUGAUGUUUCUUCUUCGUUGACUAGAGAAGAAUUGGAGGAGUUGGUCGAGCCUUUGUUGGCCAAAUUGCCAGUGCCAAUUGAACUUGCUUUGAAAGAAGCAGGAUUGAAAGCCGAAGACUUGGACUCGAUCGAAGUCAUUGGUGGUUCAUCUAGAAUCCCAGCUGUCAAGGAGUCGAUUUCCAAGGUAUUUGGCAAGCCAUUGUCAUUCACUUUGAACCAAGAUGAAGCUAUUGCCAAAGGUAACGCCUACAUUUGUGCUUGCCACUCGCCAACUGUCAGAGUCAGACCUUUUAAAUUUGAAGAUUACAACCAGUAUACCGUGUCCUACUUUUGGGAUAAAGAAGAUAACGAAGAUGAAGAUCAUUUGGAAGUUUUCCCCAAAGGUGGCUUGUUCCCAAGCACAAAAGUCAUCACUUUGUACAGAAAAGGACCAUCUUUCACGGUUGAAGCUAAAUACACCAAGCCAAAGGAAUUGCCAAAGGGCACUGAACAUUUCAUUGCCAAAUGGACCAUUGGCAAUGUCGAGCCAAGUGCCAAUGAGUCAUCCAUUGCUGUUAAAUUGAAGUUGAGGAAUGACCCAUCUGGUUUCUACAUUAUCGAGUCAGCCCACACCGUUGAAGAGCAACUUGUCAAGGAGUUGAUUGAACCAACUCCAAAAGCCGAAGGCGGUGAAGGUGCCGACGACGAAGACGAAGUGGCCGAGCCCCAAUACAAGGAAGUCAAGAAAUUGGUUAAAAAGGCCGAUUGCACCAUUGAAGUUGUUUGUGCCGCAUUACCCGAUGCCCAAUUGCAAAAGUUGAUUGAAGAAGAAGCACAAAUGAUCAUGGAAGAUAAAUUGGUCGCCGACACCGAAGAGAGAAAGAACCAAUUGGAAGAAUACAUUUACGACCUCAGAGGCAAAUUGGACGACAAAUACAAGGAUUUCGCUUCGGCGCAAGAAGUGGAGAAAUUGUCGGGCUUGUUGAACAAGGCAGAAGACUGGCUUUACGGCGACGGUGAAGACUCCACCAAGGCCAAGUACAUUGCCAAAUACGAAGAGUUGGCCUCGAUUGGCAACGUUAUCCGAGGCAGAUUCUUGGCCAAAGAACAAGAAAAGAAGGAACAGUAUAGACAAAAACAAGAAGCAGCGCAAGCGCAAGCAAUGGCUGAAAAAAUGGCCGAACAGAGAAAAAGCGCAAAGACCAACGGUAAAGACGCCGAUGGCGACACCAAGAUGAACUAA